AAAGGGAGACCUCAUUACGCAGGCGCUCUGGGCUUCUAAUUUUUUUUUUUUUAAUCCCCGCACCAAGCGCUUAACCUCAUUGGGGUGGAGGAGAAGGCGGCGGCCGUGUGGUCCGCAGCGGCAACAGGAGCGGAUAAUACGGCCAAUGGACCGCUGAAGUAUGAAGUAUUUCAGACCCGGGAGGAGAGCGUCACCCUGCCACUCACUCCUUUCUCCCCUACUGGUUAUUUAAAUUGGGCUUUUAAUAUCCUCCCAGCUGUUCUUCAGCCACACAUGGUGCAUUGCUGCCAUUCCCCGGAUUGCAUCUUUGACACACAGGCUCUUAGUAACCUUCAGCAAACAAAGAGGCCGCCUCCGGGGGCCGCUCACGGGGAGGGCGUCACCCCCUCCGCCCUCUAGCUUCGGUGGCUCUGGGUUGGAAUUCCGCCAUGGAGCCUCGCAUGGAGGCCUGCCUGGCACAGGUGCUGCAGAAGGAUGUGGGGAAACGGCUGCAGGUUGGCCAAGAACUGAUAGACUAUUUCUCAGACAAACAGAAGUCUGCCGACCUCGAGCAUGACCAGACCAUGUUAGACAAACUUGUGGAUGGACUCGCUACCUCUUGGGUGAACUCUAGCAAUUAUAAGGUGGUUCUCCUGGGCAUGGACAUCCUGUCCGCGUUGGUCACCCGGUUGCAGGAUCGGUUCAAGGCGCAGAUCGGUACAGUGCUGCCGAGUUUAAUAGACAGACUGGGAGAUGCUAAAGACUCUGUGAGGGAGCAGGACCAGGCCCUGCUGCUGAAGAUCAUGGAUCAGGCUGCUAAUCCCCAGUACGUGUGGGACCGGAUGCUGGGCGGCUUCAAGCACAAGAACUUCCGCACCCGGGAAGGCACGUGUCUCUGCCUCAUGGCCACCCUCAACAGCUCUGGAGCUCAUACAUUAACACUAAGCAAGAUCGUGCCACAUAUAUGUAACCUGCUCGGAGAUCCCAACAGCCAGGUUCGAGAUGCAGCAAUAAACAGCUUAGUGGAAAUUUACAGACAUGUAGGAGAACGUGUGAGGGCAGAUCUCAGUAAAAAAGGAUUGCCACAGUCCCGGUUGAAUGUAAUUUUUACAAAAUUUGAUGAAGUCCAAAAAUCUGGAAACAUGAUACAAUCUGCGAAUGAUAAAAAUUUUGAUGAUGAAGAUUCUGUGGAUGGCAAUAGACCGUCUUCCGCCAGCUCCACUUCGUCCAAAGCUCCAGCAAGCUCGCGGAGAAACGUUGGAAUGGGGACCGCCCGGAGGCUCGGCUCCUCGUCUCUCGGAUCCAAGUCUUCAGCUGCAAAAGAAGGAGCUGGUGCUGUUGAUGAAGAGGAUUUUAUUAAAGCAUUUGAUGAUGUGCCUGUAGUCCAGAUUUAUUCCAGCCGAGACCUUGAGGAGUCCAUAAACAAGAUUAGGGAAAUACUGUCUGAUGACAAGCAUGACUGGGAGCAAAGAGUAAAUGCCCUAAAAAAGAUUAGAUCUUUACUCUUGGCUGGUGCUGCCGAGUAUGAUAACUUCUUCCAGCACUUACGGCUUUUGGACGGAGCCUUUAAACUGUCGGCUAAGGAUCUACGGUCUCAGGUCGUGCGGGAGGCUUGUAUCACGCUGGGGCACCUGUCGUCAGUACUGGGGAAUAAGUUUGACCAUGGCGCUGAAGCCAUCAUGCCAACGAUCUUUAAUUUAAUCCCAAAUAGUGCCAAAAUCAUGGCCACCUCGGGGGUUGUAGCUGUCAGGUUAAUCAUUCGGCACACGCACAUCCCAAGGCUAAUCCCCGUCAUAACAAGCAACUGCACCUCCAAGUCUGUUGCAGUUAGAAGGCGCUGCUUUGAAUUUUUAGAUCUACUUUUACAAGAGUGGCAGACACAUUCACUGGAGCGACACAUAUCAGUAUUAGCUGAAACGAUAAAGAAGGGAAUACAUGAUGCGGAUUCAGAAGCAAGGAUAGAAGCCAGAAAGUGUUACUGGGGUUUCCACAGUCACUUCAGCAGGGAGGCAGAGCACCUGUACCACACGCUGGAGUCCUCCUACCAGAAGGCCCUGCAGACCCACCUCAAGAGCUCGGACAGCGUGGUGUCGCUGCCGCAGUCGGACCGCUCAUCCUCCAGCUCCCAGGAGAGCCUCAAUCGGCCGCUCUCUGCCAAAAGAAGUCCUACUGGCAGUACCACCUCCAGAGCUUCCACGGUCAGCACCAAGUCCGCAUCCACCGCAGGGUCCCUGCAGCGGUCUCGAAGCGACAUCGACGUGAACGCAGCCGCCAGCGCCAAAUCCAAGAUCUCCUCGGCUGCCGGCGCAGCGCCCUUCAGCUCGGCCGCGGCCUUACCUCCGGGCUCGUAUGCGUCCUUAGAUGGUACUGCCACUAAAGCGGAGGGCCGGAUCCGCACGCGACGGCAGAGCUCCGGGAGCGCCACCAACGUCGCCUCUACACCUGACAGUCGGGGCCGCAGUCGCGCCAAAGUGGUCUCGCAGUCCCAGCGAUCCAGAUCUGCUAAUCCUGCUGGUGCUGGCAGCCGGUCCAGUUCCCCAGGGAAAUUGUUGGGAAGUGGUUAUAGUGGCCUUGCUGGGGGUUCCUCAAGAGGCCCACCUGUGACACCUUCUUCAGAAAAGCGAAGCAAGAUCCCCAGGAGUCAGGGGUGUAGUCGAGAAACAAGUCCAAGCCGCAUGGGAUUAGACCGCUUUGGGCUCGGCCAGGCAGGAAGGAUUCCUGGUUCUGUGAACGCCAUGCGGGUUCUGAGCACCAGCACAGAUCUGGAAGCUGCUGUCGCUGACGCUUUGCUGUUAGGAGACUCCAGGAGCAAGAAGAAGCCCGUGAGGAGGCGCUACGAACCCUACGGCAUGUACUCUGACGACGACGCCAACAGCGACGCCUCCAGCGUCUGCUCCGAGCGCUCCUACGGCUCCCGCAACGGGGGCGUCCCCCACUACCUGCGCCAGACCGAGGACGUGGCCGAGGUGCUCAACCACUGCGCCAGCUCCAACUGGUCCGAGAGGAAGGAAGGGCUUCUGGGUCUGCAGAACCUGCUCAAGAGCCAGAGGACGCUGAGUCGAGUAGAAUUGAAACGAUUGUGUGAGAUUUUCACCCGAAUGUUUGCUGACCCUCACAGCAAGAUUGCUGAUUCAGAACAUGAGGAUAAAGAAAGAAAUUUGUUUUCAUCAGAAGGCUCUUGUACAAGAGUUUUCAGUAUGUUUUUGGAGACUCUUGUGGAUUUCAUAAUAAUUCAUAAGGAUGACUUGCAAGACUGGCUUUUUGUUCUUCUCACACAAUUGCUGAAGAAAAUGGGAGCGGAUUUACUUGGAUCUGUGCAAGCAAAAGUUCAGAAGGCUCUUGAUGUCACAAGGGACUCCUUUCCAUUUGAUCAACAAUUUAACAUUUUGAUGCGAUUUAUUGUGGAUCAGACUCAAACUCCUAACCUCAAGGUCAAAGUUGCAAUCCUGAAGUACAUUGAGUCUCUCGCCAGGCAGAUGGACCCAACAGAUUUCGUAAACUCUAGUGAGACAAGGCUUGCUGUUUCUAGAAUUAUAACCUGGACAACAGAACCAAAGAGUUCAGACGUGAGAAAGGCAGCACAAAUUGUGCUCAUCUCUCUGUUUGAAUUGAACACUCCUGAAUUUACCAUGUUACUUGGUGCCUUGCCAAAAACAUUCCAGGAUGGUGCCACCAAACUCCUGCACAACCACCUCAAGAAUUCCAGUAACACCAAUGUGGGCUCUCCAAGCAACACCAUUGGUCGGACUCCCUCCCGACACCCCAGCAGCCGGACCAGCCCCCUGACCUCACCCACCAACUGCUCCCAUGGUGGCCUGUCUCCAAGUCGGUUGUGGGGUUGCAGUGCCGAUGGGCUGUCGAGGCACCCACCUCCCUUUCCUCAGCCUAACUCCAUCCCCACCGCUCCCUCCCACAAGACUCUCAGGCGCUCUUACUCUCCCAGCAUGCUGGACUACGAUACAGAAAACCUGAACUCUGAAGAAAUCUAUAGCUCUUUGCGUGGAGUGACCGAAGCCAUUGAGAAGUUUAGUUUUCGAAGCCAAGAGGAUCUGAAUGAGCCCAUUAAAAGAGAUGGCAGAAAGGACUGCGAUAUUGUGUCCCGUGAUGGUGGCAUCGCCUCCCCUGCCCCCGAGGGCCGGGGCGGCAGCGAGGUGGUGGAAGGAGGCCGGACGGCUCUGGACAACAAGACCUCCCUCCUCAACACGCAGCCCCCUCGCGCCUUCCCGGGGCCGCGGGCGCGGGACUACAGCCCCUACCCCUACUCGGACACCAUCAGCGCCUAUGACAAGACCGCCCUGAAGGAGGCCGUGUUCGACGAUGACAUGGAGCAGCUGCGAGACGUGCCCGUUGACCACUCGGACCUGGUGGCAGACCUCCUGAAGGAGCUGUCCAACCACAACGAGCGCGUGGAGGAGCGGAAGGGCGCGCUGCUGGAGCUGCUCAAGAUCACGCGCGAGGACAGCCUGGGCGUCUGGGAGGAGCACUUCAAGACCAUCCUGCUGCUGCUGCUCGAGACCCUCGGGGACAAGGAUCAUUCCAUCCGAGCACUGGCUCUCAGAGUGUUGCGGGAAAUCCUGAGAAACCAGCCAGCGAGGUUUAAAAACUACGCGGAGCUGACGAUCAUGAAGACCCUGGAGGCCCACAAAGACUCCCACAAGGAGGUGGUGAGGGCUGCCGAGGAGGCUGCAUCCACGCUGGCCAGUUCCAUCCACCCAGAGCAGUGCAUCAAAGUGCUGUGCCCCAUCGUCCAGACAGCCGACUACCCCAUCAACCUGGCCGCCAUCAAGAUGCAGACCAAAGUCGUCGAGAGGAUCGCCAAGGAGUCCUUGCUGCAGCUCCUCGCAGACAUCAUCCCAGGCCUGCUGCAGGGUUACGACAACACCGAAAGCAGCGUGCGCAAGGCCAGUGUGUUUUGCUUAGUAGCAAUUUAUUCCGUAAUCGGAGAAGAGCUGAAACCUCACCUGGCACAGCUUACGGGGAGCAAGAUGAAGCUGCUCAACUUAUACAUAAAGAGGGCGCAGACCACGAACAGCAACAGCAGCUCCUCCUCCGACGUCUCGACCCACAGCUAAUGCAACGCCAGAAUCUCUGUGUAGCCCUGGAAGCAAUCGGUGGUGCCUCAGAGACCUCCCCGCCACUCCCCCCACCCCCCCGUCGGCUGCCCAGUCAGGACCAGGAGGCCCGCACAUAUUUAUUACAAUCAGUAUUUUGAUCCCUUCCAGCUUUUGUGUAGAAUCAUACUGGUAUUGAAUGUAAGGGAAGCAAGGCCUGUGUUUCAUCUUCCUACAGAACAAAACAAAAGGAGUGAGAGAAGAGCCGUACUCAAGCCGUCUGGUCCAGCCGCUGAGGUUGUGAAACCGCGUGUGUGGGGUUUAAAAGUCACAGCUCACUAGCCAAUACAUGGUAGAAAGUAGCAUUUUCUCUUCAGUUAAUAAUAACAGGUUUGAGGAGGUUGUAUUGAGUUGUUUCUCUUUCAUCCUGGUUCCCUUCCCUCUGGAUCUGGCCUGUGUGGGGCAGAGCCCACGCCCUUCACAACUGACACCACGAAAGGGUUUUAUAUGUUUUAGGUUGCAUUUUGAGACUACUAAGAAUAUGAAUCAAGUCUUGGCAAGAAAUGGGAAGGAAGCCCGAAGAUGGCCUCGUAGAGAACAUGUGAUAUUUUUGCUUACACUCUGCGGCCUGGGGGCUGGCACCCUUUCCUGCCUCCUCCAGGAUGGGCUCCCGGCUCCUGCAGACAGCCCCACUGACGCCACCCCUGCCCCAGAGCUGCGGGGCAGAGAUCUGUGACAAUGAGAUCCAGGCACAGAAAUCAAGGUCAAUCGGUAGCCUCAGUUAGCGUGUGCUUGAAGUGGGACUUCACGCAGCAUGGAAAACACAAGAGGAGCUGCUGGUUUCGCUGCUGAGAUCUGGGAAAUACCGUGGAACACACCGCCCCUGGAGGCUCAAGUCUAGUCUGGUCUCCUUUCCGCAGGCUGCGCCCAGGCUGCUUGAUUCCAGUGUUCUGUCAUUCUGACAGUUGGCAGCUCUGCCAUCUCCGUUUUUACUUUGUUUAAUUUGGGAUUGAGAUCAAAGAAAAACCUAGAGAGACCAGGUUAUCAGGAUCAUUUUUUAAAAUUUUGUGAAGUACUUCCUCAAUCAUCUGUUGAAAUAAUCAUGGUUUAAGGAAAAAGUAAUUAUGAUGUGCAGCAAAUUGCAGAAAAACAGGAUUUGAACCAGUUUAGAGUCUAUUUUUCCUUCAGUGAGAAACUUACCCCUUAAAAUGUUUUCUUGAGGGUUUCAUUGCUUCAGUAAAAGUAACUACAGAUCUCAAGUCUGUGUAACUAAGUUUCGAGUAAAAUUCUUCAAACCAAAUGGAAAUUCUUUUUGCAAUCAUGUAAAUAUUUUAGACUCUAAACUAAACUGGUUUUUCCAUAUUUCCUUAUGGAAAUUUGUUCCGUUCUUUUUCCCAUUGCCUGUUCUGAUGUUAAUUUUUAAUGAGGUGUUUGCUGCUCAGGUGCAGAAUCUUGGCAACUGCCAGGUUGUAUGGUUCCCACCUCUGAGCUCUGCAGACCCCCUCACCUUGUUGUUGGAAGUGGUGAAAGACACUGUAGCAGAACGUAACUUGUUUUCAUUCAGAAUUUAUUUUAGAUACUUUAUUUGGAAAUAGGCACUGAAAAUGGAGGUCCAGGAGCAGUGAGGCUGGGGUGCCUUCACUGUACGUGUGUGUGGGUGUGUGUGUGGGUGUGUGUAGGGGGUAUCCUGCACGUGUAGGAGGCGCCCUGCUGCUGCUGUUGGGAGAACUUCCGGGGCGUGUUUUAAGCGAUCAAACAUAGUUGACUCUUUUGGCUCAAAACAGCAGGACCAGGCCUUACUUUCAUUGAUAAAUACCGUUUGUUCAUAUGUCGCUUUCAGGGUCUCUUUCUUACCCCUUACAAACAAGUCCCAAGUGUCUGAUGACUCUUCUGGGGCAGAAACUGUCUUUUUUCCUGCCUAGUGUGUGUAGAAAGGCCUUUCUCCUUCAGCUUGUGGACACCCAGGUUGCUGUGGCCCCCUACCCCGGAGUCGGGAAGGACCUUGAGCAUGGCCGCGUGUCCUCCUGGCGCUCACAAAGGGCUCGCCUUGAAUGUCACUUGCCCAACGUUGGUCUCCCACCCCAGAGGGAGCCGCCACACCCAGGUCUCUGGGCCUCCUGGGAGGAGACUCGCAUGCAGCCACAACCUCAGGGGGCCACCUCCUCCAACCAACAGCUGCAACUGCCCUGCCUGGCCGCCGCCUCCCUGCAGGCCUCCUGUCUGGAUGAAACAGCAGAACACAAGCGAGCAAAGCUCCCAAAACUCCGUCUGCCUCCCCCGUUCGCCUGACUGUGCGGGCCCCCGAGAAGCCCGCCGACGCCACCACUGGGCCAGGGCGCCUGGCUCCUGCUUCCCCUCGCACUGUGGCCCGGGGGAGGCUGACGCCUUCCUGGGGCACCGUAGCCACAGGCGCCUGCCAUAGCCCCACUAGCUUCUCAGUCAUGCAGGCAAUGCAGCUGCACCUGAUUUGUCUCCUCAAUCUUUUUCUUUCCCCGCUGCCCUUUAUUUAUCAAGCAUAAUAUUACACAGUAAAGAAGAGCAAAUAAGAACUUUGUAGAACCUCACCAAGACUUUGCUAACGAUGAUAUUUGAAAAUGAGAACAACGCUCUGAAAAAUAGCCACCAUCAAAAUAGUUUUGUUGGCACUGUUCACACGCAUGGUACCCCACAUCCCCAGGUUGGGUUUUUGUUUGUUGGUUUUGGUUUUUUUGGGGGCUUUUUCAUGUUACAUCCAUAUCUGUAUUUAUAUCUUAUUUGUUUCACUUUCAAGUGUAUCAUGGCAAAUGUACAGAUUUUCUUUUUUUGUUAAUAAUGUGCUAGGAUUUGCUAAAAAAGGAAACACAAAAACCCUUUUGAGUUUGCCCUAGAAUAAAUGAGACUUAAUUCAA